UCACAGGAAAUAAGCAUCCAUAGACCAAAGCCAUGGCUCAUGCUCUCGUUUCUUGUCGUCUCUCCUCAGCCUAUCCCUUCCAUUCCAUCUCUCGCGGAAGGGUCGCUCUUCCUCGUCAGCUCAUAGCAUCCUCCUCGUCCUCUCGCACACAUCGGCUUUCCGCUGCUCGAGCAAUGGCCUCAUCCAACACCAGCGGCGGAAGCUUCGGGAAAGCUGAGCGCUCAAAAGGCUGGAGAAAUGCUGCUGCAGGUGCAGUUGGAUCGUCUGGUUCUGGGUUUCCCAUAUCGAACAUCCCCGUAUGGGCCAGAUGGGUGUUGGGUUCCCUCGUCAUCGCUGCCAUACCCUUCUACACGAGAAUAAUUAAGAAAGGAGGUGGCAUAGAGAAGGUCGCAGAAGUUGCUCUAGAAACAGUGGAGAAGGUGGCGGAGGUGACGGAGAAGAUAGCGUCUGAUGUUGCCGCUGCACUUCCUGAAGGUGAUAGUCUUAAGGCGAAGGCGUUGCUGAUCGAGAAGAUCGCCGAGAAAGUAGAACACGACGCAAAACUAGCUGAAUCCAUCAUUCAUGAGGUUGAUGUCGUAAAGGAAGAAGUAGACACAUUGGUCAAGCCACUACUUGAGAAAGAACAGUCGGAGAAAGAGAUCCAAGUGGAGGAAAAUGAAAGCACAGAUCAGUCAAAAGCCAAUUGAAGAAGCCAUGGAUAAGGAUCUGCAUGACAGAUGAAACAGAGGAAGUGCUGCUGCUUAAUCUACAUUGUUUGUAUCUGUUUGUAUGAGUAAUUACAAUUUGUUAUACCAAUUGGUGAAAUGAUUCAUAUUCGAUCAGAAGAGAAACACUUUUACAA